AUGCUCCGAGGCCACAGCGCCGUGUUCCAGGCCUUGCUGGGGACCCUCUUCACCUGGGGGCUGACGGCAGCCGGGGCGGCUCUCGUGUUCAUCUUCUCUAGUGGGCAGAGGCGGAUCCUGGAUGGAAGUCUUGGCUUCGCUGCAGGGGUCAUGCUGGCAGCCUCCUACUGGUCCCUGCUGGCCCCCGCGGUGGAGAUGGCCACGUCCUCCGGGAACUUCGGGGCCUUUGCCUUCCUCCCCGUGGCCGCGGGCUUCACCCUCGGCGCUGCAUUCGUCUACCUGGCCGACGCCCUGAUGCCCCAGCUGGGCGUGGCGGAAGACCCCCACAUGGCCCUGGCCCUGAACGUGGACCCCGCGUGGAUGAAGAAGUCUGAUGCCGAGAGUCCCAGGCUGCUCCUCCCCGCAAGCGAACUGUCCAUCCGGAUCGGGGGCGCUGGGCCCCUUCCAGACAAGAGCGAGAAUGGCGAGGCGUACCAGAGGAAGAGGGCGGCAGCCCCCCACCACCCCGAGGGCCCAGCCGUCCCCGAGUCUGCUCCAGGGCCUGCGGCCCCGCCCGGCGGCAGCAGCUGGAGGAGGAUCAUGCUGCUCAUCCUGGCCAUCACCAUCCACAACAUCCCAGAGGGCCUCGCUGUGGGCGUCGGGUUCGGAGCGGUGGAGAAGACGGCGUCCGCCACCUUCGAGAGCGCCAGGAACUUGGCCUUCGGCAUCGGCAUCCAGAACUUCCCUGAGGGCCUGGCGGUCAGCCUCCCCCUGCGAGGGGCUGGCUUCUCCACCUGGAGGGCCUUCUGGUACGGGCAGCUGAGCGGCAUGGUGGAGCCCCUGGCCGGGCUCUUUGGGGCUUUCGCCGUGGUUCUGGCCGAGCCCCUCCUGCCCUAUGCCCUGGCCUUUGCUGCGGGCGCCAUGGUCUACGUGGUCAUGGACGACAUCAUCCCUGAGGCGCAGAUCAGCGGGAACGGGAAGCUGGCGUCCUGGGCCUCCAUCCUGGGGUUUGUGGUGAUGAUGUCACUGGACGUGGGCCUGGGCUAG